AUUCCCUAUGUUGUUUAGCAAUUUCAACAGCUUUGAUAUUUGAUAGGUAAUUCGGUUAUAAAUGAAGUUGAACAACGCUCAUUGCGCUAUUACUGUUAUGCAUUUCUUUGGAACAAUGUGUUGGACUGCUCUUUUGGUGUUCACUGUGGCUGUUUCUUUGACCCUGUCUCAAGCAGAGUCGGACUCAUCAUCACGUUUCGUCAAAGAUAUCGAUGGUUACAUGAGCGUAUGUCAACGUCUUGGAUGGGAACCGAAAAAAGGCUGUUUUCAACAAGAACGAUUGAUCGCCUUCCAUGCUGCUCUAAAGCAUAUUCUCCGAAACCUUCCAGUAAAAACCACAUUGAAGUUUGAUGACGUUUUGUUGAACAAAGGAAACGCAUAUGAUCCAACCACGGGGGUUUUCACCGCACCGGAAGACGGUGUCUACUCUUUCGAAUGGACCUUCCUUAGCAUACAAAAAUCAAGCGUUUACUUGGAGAUAGUAGUGGAUGGUGUCAGGAAAGCAAUUACGUGUAUCAAUCAGCAAGGAAGCUUAUACAUUAGUUCAUCGGGACACUUGCUUUAUGAACUGAAGGAAGGAAACAAGGUCUGGAUCAGAACUUCCCAUGUUACGGCCGGUUACCUGCAUGGGAACAAGUAUACAUUCUUCUCUGGACAGAAAUUAAAGUCAUUCUAAAAAGCAUUUACUUUGCUCGUGUGUAUACAUAGUGGAUGAAAUAAAUAAAUUCCAAUUUGUUA